AUGAAACGUCGAGGCGAUGAUAGGAAGUCUGGCUCAACUUCGCCAGGAGCCUCGGCCAUCAGCGCCUCCAGCAUCGCUUACCCACUGACUUUUCACUCGUUAUUGUCAGUGUCCGCCCUCAAGAAGGCUCUGGCUGCCGGAGGUUACGAUGUGGAGAAGAACAAUUCCCGCGUCAACACCACCAUCAAGAAGCUGGUGGUCAGCGGGACCCUGGUCCAGACCAAGGGAACCGGGGCCACAGGCUCGUUCAAGAUGAGCAAGAAGGUGGAGACCAAGGUCCAUAAGCCGGUGAAGAAGGCCACUCCCAAAGCGAAGAAGCCCGCCGCCAAGAAACCUGCAGUGGCUAAAAAGCCCAAGGCAGCGGCAGCAAAGAAGCCAGCAGCCGCCAAAAAGUCCCCGAAGAAGGUGACGAAACCAGCAGCGGCCAAGAAGGUGGCCAAGAGCCCUAAGAAGGUGGCGAAGAGCCCCAAGAAGGUGGUGAAAAAGGCGCCUGCUGCCAAGAAAGCCCCCGCGAAGAAGGUCGCCAAACCCAAAGCGAAGAAGACCGCAGCCAAGAAGAAGUGA